CGUACAUGCAGUAAACACGAAUUAUACAAAUAACAUAGUACCUAACCCCGUAGGUACCUACGUACUAGGUUAGGUAAACUUGAUGAUGACGUAGCCGUAAAACGUACCUAGGUAUGUAUCGAGGUACCUAAGGCCUCGGCUUUUUUCGAUUAUGGAAAGCUUCAAUUGGUUUUGAGAAAACCAACAUCUUUUCGCCAUUGCACAUCGCUGCUUGUACAUCACUACCCAAGAUGAAGCCCAUAUGCACCUCACAGACCGGUCUCCUACUAAAACCACUAAUCUCGCGUCAAUGCCUAUAUUCUAGUCGCCUGCGUUUCAACUCGCACCAAUGCCGCACGUUCCUACGACCUCAGCGAUCAUCUCAUCGAGCCGUUGAAAGCCUCAAUGUUAGUCGCAUGCGCACAGAAUCCCACGAUUACUACGUCCGACGGCGAACUUUUCUUCUAUGUGGAGCAGUUUCGGGUUUAGUCGGUAUCUGCUAUACCUCGUAUCUUCUCUAUCAAAGGCUUCACAAACCGACAAAAUUCGAUAGCGGGCUACCGGAUAAACUCGAUCCUUUCAACACCGAAGCUGGUUCGAAGCGCAAGACAGUUAUCCAUGACGCAGAUGGCGUAGAACUCGUACCUACGGGUAAUAGCACCGUCCCUACAUUUCCGCGAGUACUCGAAGUUUCGCUUGGUGCUGAAGAAGGCCAAGAGCUGGUCAACGGGGUAGAGUAUACCUUAGUCGGGCUGGGCGUGAGAACCGUGAGCUUCUUAGGUAUUCAAGUGUAUAUGGUAGGAUAUUACAUCGCGACGCAGGAUAUCGCUGCGUUGCAAGCGCGCUUGGUCAGAGAAAUAAAUCCCAUCGCAACAACGUUAGUGCCGAGCGAAAAGGACGAAUUACGAAAGGUGCUGUUAGAUCCGGAGCGGGGAGAAAAGCUGUGGAACGACAUACUGCAGGAAGUGCGACCGCGCUGCCUAUUCAGAGUCGUGCCGGUAAGAGAUACUGACUUCCAUCACUUAAGAGAUGGAUUUGUGCGCGCCAUCUCGGCGAAGUUGCAGGGUAAUAACCCCGAAUUUGGCGACGAAAACUUCGCCGAGGCUAUGAAGGAGUUCCGAGGUUUAUUCAACCGAGGCAAGGUGCCGAAGGGGCGGGAGAUGCUGCUGGUUCGCGACGCGGCUGGGCGGUUGACCAUCGUUUUCGACGAUGGAAAGACCGGCAUGGAUAUAAUUGGACGCGUCUCCGACGAACGAGUAUCCCGACUGCUGUGGCUUAACUACCUAGCCGGCAGCAAGGUUGCAUCCGAGCCGGCGAGGAAGAAUAUUGUCGAUGGUAUCAUGGAGUUUGUGGAGAGACCAGUGGGCACGGUCGCCACACAGGUGAUAUGACGCAAAUGCCGAAAUCAUCUACAACUGGCGAAAUGUACAGUUUGGGCCUUGAGCAGAUGUGCAUUGAUGUAUAUUACCCAGCAUGCCACUUACUACUGUAUCAUCUAGCGAUAACAUCAUGGUUGAUCAUGGUCGUGCCAAUUUGCCCAUUUUUUGCUACCCAUCUACCUCUCGGCAAUGCAAGAUUGGUUCCGGAUGAUUCAAAAGUAUGCUACCCGGCCGGGUAUACUAAGGUAGGCUAAAGAU